AUGGCAUCCCUAGGAGUUUUGCGGGAGAGCGAUGACUUCGAGCUGUCUUUGGCACUGCAAAACAAUAGUGCACUGCAGAGAGCGUUGCAAGAAGGUGGAAAGACGGACGAGACUCGGCAGUCGCUCAUCGUCCUCGCAUGUCGGACUAUCCAAAGUUGCUUGGGACCAGGUGUGAAGCUUGAUCCGGAUCCAUCGCUGGCCAACACCAACUGGUCUCAAUCAUGCUGGCUCACACCUAAAUGCAUCGUGUAUCCACGGUCUGCUAAAGAUGUCUCUCGGACAAUCAAGAUUCUGGGUCUGUUGCAUACACCAUUCUCUGUGCGGUGUGGUGGCUUAUCUCCAACUCCGGAGCAUUCCAGCAUUGCGGAUGGCGUUCUGAUUGAUUUGAGAGAGUUGGGUGGGAUCGAGAUCUCAGCUGAUGGGAGGAUUGCUAGUGUGGGACCAGGGGCACGGUGGAGUGACGUAUUUGAAGCUUUAGAUCCCCAUGGACUGACCGUGGUCGGUCCGCGGUUGCCAAACGUUGGAAUAGGAGGAUUUAUCUUGGGUGGUGGUCUUUCAUUCUUCUCCGGGGAGUACGGACUGGCUGCUGACAAGGUGGAGAAUUUUGAGAUUGUGUUGUCUGAUGGAUUAAUCGUGGAUGCGAAUUCUGCAGAGCAUCCUGAUCUGUUUUGGGCAUUGAAAGGGGGCGGCUCUAAUUUUGGUAUCGUGACAAGAUUCGAUCUCAGUACUGUCCCAAUCAGAGAUAUAUGGUACUCCAUGUCCACCUAUGCUAUUACAGAAGUUCCUGAAGUACUCCUAGCUUUCGAGCAAUGGCAACUCAGAUCCGCAGAUCCUAAGUCGGCUAUUUUCUUGCGGAUGGGGCUUGACUCCUGCACGAUCACCUUGGUAUAUUCAUCACCCGCGAAACGACCCCCAUGUUUUAAUGUAUUCUAUGACAUUGAUGUGAUGGAGUAUCUGAUCCUGCCGACAAAUGGCACUGUCGUGUCAUUGACGACUGCACUUGCAGAGCUCUUCCCACAUAAUCCUGCGAGGCAUGAUCACCGAGCAGCGAGCAGGAAGAAUGAUCUUGGAUUGUACUCCGCUGUGGAGGCAUACUGGGUCUGGAGGAAAGAGACGCUUGCUCUCCGAGACUCAACAAGAGCAGAUGCGACCUUCAUGAUACAACAUGUGCCAAAGACCCUGAUUGAAAAGGGGAUCGAAGACGGUAGCAAUCCACUAGGUCUCACGGCCGUACCUCAACAGUGGUGGGCAAUUGUUGUUGAUUGGGACUCAGCAAAAGACGACAACCUUGUUCGAGAAUCCUUGAGAGAUAUAACAAAACGAUGGACAGAUCUUGCAAAGGAACAAGGUACACAUCUCGACUUCGAGUUCAUGAAUAAUGCAUCUGGUGACCAGAAUCCACUUCGAAGUUACGGAGAGACCAAUCUGCAAAGGCUGCGAGAUAUAUCGAUGAAGUACGACAAGGCGCAGGUCUUUCAAUUGCUGCAGAAGGGAGGAUUCCUCCUCUCCCGGGCCUAG